UUGCUGGGUACUUAAUGAGUAUAAAUAUGAUUGAAAUGUGGAGAUCCUUGGAUAAGUAGUGAAUUUAUCGAACUUCAGUUCAAAUCUGGCAAUUGAAUUCAUGAGCAAAAUGAGGUUCAUUUUAGCAGUUGCAGUGGCAGGAUUGUUGUGUUUUGACAUCGUUUCGGUUUCUGGAGACAUUGGCACGGCGAUAGCAUACGAUCCGCCAUAUCUACCAACAAGGUGCGGGGGUUACGACCAAGAGCAAUUCCCGGAAGGGGGGUUAUUCGCUGCAGCAAGCGAUGGAGUGUGGGACAAUGGGGCGGCAUGUGGGCGAAGAUACCGGUUGAAGUGCAUCAGCGGCCAGAGGAAACCGUGCAAGAACGGAUCUAUUGUAAUCCAAGUUGUCGAUGUGUGCCGAACAAAUCCUUGUCGGGCGACACUGACUCUGUCGAGCAAGGCCUUCGAUGCCAUCUCCAGGAAUCCCAAUGCCAAGAUCAAUGUCGAAUAUUCUCAGAUCUGAUUUCUAACAAUACCUGCAUCAGCCCUCUCUGGCAAGGCUGGCUUAUGAAAGACUCCUUUGGAUUGUAACCUAUAACAUCAAACUACUUCGAUUUGGAUAGUACAAAGAGCACGAUGGAUGCACAAAAAAAAUAUAAAGAACCACCUUGAUUUGGAUAGUAUGUAUUAUGUACUUUGAUUCGGCCGGUCACGUAGCCUACACAGGUUUGAGACGUAACAGAGGUGGUAUCAUAGCAAUGGUUCAAUA